UUUGUCCAGUCCUGCUACUGGGCACUUCAUCGGCUCAACUAUCCACCAAUUGUCAUGCCUGAGGAGAUCCAAGAAGACACCGUGGCACCGGGGCAGGGCCAGAGGAGCAGAGGGCCACUGGCUUCCAACCACGUGCAGGAGGUGCGUCUGUACCGAGUGGAGUCCAUCAGUGACCUACACAGCGGAGCAGGCUCGCUGCGCCCCUAUCUGGCCGAAGAGGCACGGCCAUGGGAUGAACUGCUGGGUGUCUUGCCGCCGUCCUUGUGCGCCCAGGCCGGCUGCAGUCCCAUGUGUGGCCGUGGGGGCUUCCUGCUGCUGUUGGCGCUGCUGGUGUUCACGUGCCUGGCACUCGCUAUCCUGGCUGUCUACCUGAGUGUGCUUCAGAGCGAAUCCCUGAGGAUCCUGGCGCACACACUGCGUACACAGGAGGAGACACUGCUCAAGUUGCGCUUGGCCAGCCUCAGCCAGCUUCGGAGGCUCAACUCCAGUGAAGCCCGGGCACCCAGCUGA